AUGGCUCAGAACGACAAAAGCCUUGAUACCGUGCCAAAGAGCGACACUGGCCAAAGCACGGAGGCCAAGAACGACACCGAGGCGACGGUCAACAAGGCCCUCUUCAACCUGUUCCAGGAACUCAUGACCAAAGGAUCAAAUGGUCCUUCGUUUGCGAUCCCGCUCCACCCACUCCCUGCCUUCAAAGGGAAAGAUGUGACUGAACAAAAAAAGCCGGGACUCUUUGAAUCAUACACCGACCCCGAGAUGAAGAGAGAAGUCCGGCAAGCUAUGGAAGGCUUCGACUGGAAAGAGGCCCAAGAGAAACUGAAGGAGUCCUUUGCGAACGAUGACUCCGAUCAAACCGAAACGGUCGAAGAGAAGCUUGAAAUACUCAAUGAGGUCCGACUGAAGGUUGACUUUCACGCCAUUAUUAAAUGGUUGAAUGAACAUCAGUAUCUCUUCAAACAGACCGAUAAGAAUUGGAUGGACUCCCGCACGCAGUCCCGAGCCAUCUACAAAGCACUGCCUGAGGAGGUCAUUGAUGGGAUCUGCGAAAGGCACAACAAAGGCGUCAGGGAACUCACCAUCAUGAACUACCAUGACCUUACGGAUAUGAUCAAACGGUACUGCGAGAACAAGAUCGAGAUCAGGAAGACCCACCGCUCUAGAAACGAAGAUGAUACUCGCAAGGUCACCUGGGCCCCGACCCCUCCAAGGAACUCCAGCCCCUCCACGAAAAGCACCAAGACCCCUAGGAUCCUGAGAAAGGAGCCCGACGAAGUGACCAACUCGAAGAUCGACGACCUUACCGCGCAAUUGACCCAGCUCUCGAUCAAUCUGGCGAAAGGGCAGGAGACACAGCUACAGCUCGCUCAGAUCAUCCAGAGGGAGAACGACAGGCAGGCUGCCACGGGGACGAGCCAACCCUUCAGGACAAACGCCGUAUCAAUUGAUCAACCUCAGAACCACGAGAAUCUCUACACAUACGCGGCCUACGGAUCGGGGCGAGGUGGCUACCAAAACAACAUGGCGUGUUGGUAUUGCGCAGGAAGAAACCAUUUUCCCGACACCUGUGCUGACCUGGCCUAUGAUAAAAGCGCCGGUAUCGCGAGUUACGACCCUCAAGGUGGAGCGGCCCUCCUCGGAAGGGGUGAUGCAAUGCUGCCGCCGAAUCUUGUGUACCAAUUCAAGAAGUUCGGAGUCCGAAAGCUCGUCCACAACUGGUUGAUGCGCUUCCCGGAAUCAGAUUUACACCCACUGGUGAGGCGGCUUGAACAACAUAACAAAGCCGGGCUCAGGUUCACACCAACCCAGCCCGAGAACAACAUCAUUGACGAUUUCAUACGGAAGAACCCCGAGGCCUUGGAUCUCUACCGCCCGAAGUAUAAGUCCCCAGAAGGGUUUGAUCGAUUGCCUAAGGAAAUUACGCGUGGGGACCGAGAUAUCCUGGACAGCCAGAACCCGCCGCCUGGAACCUCCACUAAUGUGAUCUUGGUCAACGAAGACCCCACACCAUUUGAUCAAGCAGGGGCGCCUCAGACGCUUACCACUACGACUGUCGCCGUCAACGCCAAUGCAAGGAAGAGGGUCCAUGUCGAAGAUAUCACUGAAGUGCAAGAAGCUGCUCAGCCGAUCAGGAAGUCGACUCCAAUUGAGAAACCAGCCGCUACAGGCAAAGAGAAGAGCCAGAGAUCACCUACAUCGAACCCGCGCCGUAUACCACCGGAGAAGGGCGGGGACCAUCUGAUCAAAAAGGCCAACGGCGCCAAUGCGGUCCAAGUUGGUGAACAAGACUGGGGAGAGGCCUACUGGACAGCGAUCAGCGAGAGAGCCGGCGUGAACGUAAUUCUCAUCGACGAAGUAAGCCAAACCGACCGAACCGAUGAUAAUACGAAGGACCUUCAGCCCGGAGACUAUAUCGUCACAACCGACGCGGGCACAACGGACGAAGAGACAAAGACGGUGGAGGUUCGUCAGAACAAGACGGAGACCUCAGGGAAGACCACGCCCACAGCCAAGGAAAGAGAACCGACUGAUCAGAUGGUUAAUAACAUCGAACUGAUGGACGAGGGCCAAAGCAAGAGAGUCGCCCAGUCCCAGGAACUACCUCGCAUUCUUGUGAGACUCGAUAAUCCGGAGGGCAAGGUCAUCGAAGCCAUGGUGGAUACAGGCUCCGAAGGGAACAUCAUUUCGCAGGAGCUUGCAAAAGCCUGCGGCCUCAAAGUUGCUCCAGCCCGUGCCUCAACCACGUCUUUCUCCCAGGACCAAAUCACCAUGCUAGGCCAGACUACUGUUCGACUGUACCUCGGCAAUCGUGCCGCUAAAAUAAACGUCAACCUUCUCUCCAAACCUGAGGUUGACUGGGAGAGUGGUUUGGAACCGGACGACGUCCCGACGUCACUACGGUGGUUGAGUCGGGAGUCGGGGGAGGAGGUGAUCGGUAUUGUCAAAGCAGAGACGAUCAGGCAAUAUCAUGUGGCCCUUGAGGAUGCAAACCAUUUGAUCAGAAAAUGGGCAAGAAAGAAGUAUGAAAUACGGAAAGGAAAAGACCCGCCUGACCGGAGCAAGUUGGAAGAAAUCUUGGUCAAUACUCUCUACAAAAAGAAAGGCGUCAAGAUCCACCCGAGAGAUGACGUUCCGUCAGAUGGAUCUACCCCAGAAGGUGACCCAGAAUGGAAAGCCAAAAAGUGGGAGAAGGCAAAGGAGAAGUUGCAAGAGGAUUCGAAAUACCGAGAUUGGAUCACGCCAAAAUUCUCAGACAUCAAACGAGGAACCCGGAUCUACAAAGAGCGACUCCAAGGACUAAUUGAUCAAGUGGAUGGCACCCUCACGCGCGAAGAAUUGGAUGUAUUCCUCGAGAUCAUGUACAACAGAGAAGCGGCACUUGCAUGGGAAUUUUCAGAGUGCGGAAAACUUGACCCACUCGUCGCACCGCCGCAGGUCAUCAGGGUGGUUGAGCACAAGGCCUGGCAAGCAAAAGGCAUACCUAUCCCCAAAGGGUGCGAGAAGGAGGUUAUCAAACUCCUGAGAACCCGGAUGGAGAGAGGAAUCCUCGAAGAAGGUCAUGGCCCCUAUAGGAACCCAUUCUUCCUUGUUCAGAAAAAGGACGGUCAGUUUCGAUUGAUCAAUUCGGCUACAUUGAUGAACAAACACACAAUACGGGACAGCCUUAUCCCUCCAGGCUGCGAUGAGUUCUCUGCAGACUUUGCCAUGUGCAGGAUGCUGUCACUCCUGGAUUUCUUUUCAGGAUAUGAUCAGAUGGAACUAGCGGAGGUCAGCAGAGACUUGACUAGUUUCAUGACGCCAAUUGGAUUACUAAGAAUGUGCACGCUGCCGCAAGGAGCCACAAACUCAGUCGCCCAGUUCACCCGAAACAUCCUCCGAAUCUUGAGAGACCUGAUCCCUGACGUCUGUCGGUCCUUCCUAGACGAUAUCUGCGUCAGGGGACCUACAACGGACUACGGUGGGGAGGAGGCAGCCCCAGGAAUACGCCGCUUUGUUCUGGAGCACUUGAUCAACCUCGAUAAAGUGCUAGUGAACAUUGAGCUAUCAGGCUGCACGGUUGCAGGCCAGAAGUCUCAGUUUUGCAGAAAAACGGCAGUGGUUACUGGCUACCUCUGUGGGACCUACGGGAGGAAGCCAGAAGAGAGGAAGGUUGUGAAAAUUUUGGAGUGGGAAGACUGCUUCGACGUAGGGGAGGUAAGGUCCUUCCUUGGCAUUGUGGGAUACUAUCGCCAAUGGAUCAAAUGGUUCGCAUGGAUUGCGAAGGCUUUGACGGAUCUGCUGAAGAAAGACGCCGAGUUUGUCUGGGGAGCAGACCAAAAAGAGGCCAUGGAGACAUUGAAGAAGAGGAUCACGGCACCGCCGAUCCUUAUCACUCUUAACUACUCCGAGGAAGCUGGGGGAGGUGAUCCUCAUGGUCGACGCAAGCCUUUUUAG